AAAUUAGCAAUUCACCCGCGUAGUUCACCACAAAUAACAAAACUGCCACUCCCGCAAAUUUGCACUCAAAAUCUAUCGUUAUUAUCGAAAUUGCCACUGAAAAACCAUUUUAUAAAAUCAAAGCUAAUCCAUGUUGCUCUAAUGGAGAUGAAUCAGAUUCGAACCUUCGUGAUACUCUUCUUUUUCUUCUUCUCUGUAAACGGUUUACGUACACUAUCCAAUGACCCGUGCGACCCGAAGGCCCAGCGUGACCCGCGGACGCUCCGAUCCGAUCAAAUAACGGUCUUGAUCAACGGUUACUCCGAGUCUCGUAUUCCUCUGCUUCAAUCACUGGCUGCCACGUACGCAACUUCGCCUCUCGUAUCCUCCGUGCUCGUCCUCUGGGGAAACCCCUCCACCCCGGCCCAAACCCUAGCCCAAUUGGCCCAAAAUCUCUCUCUCCAUCACUCAAUCUCUCUGCUCCGCCAAUCAUCGAACAGCCUCAACAAUCGGUUCCUCCCUAGAUCUUCCAUCGGGACCCAUGCCGUUUUGAUAUGCGACGAUGACGUGGAGAUCGACCACGAAUCGUUCGAGUUCGCGGUGAGGGUUUGGGGAUCGAACCGUGACCGUCUGAUUGGAUUCUUCGUGAGAUCGCACGAUCUUGAUUUGUCGAGGAAGGAGUGGAUUUACACUGUGCAUCCAGAGAAGUACUCGAUUUUGCUCACCAAGUUUAUGAUUCUGAGAAAUGAUUACCUGUUUAAGUACAGCUGUAACGGUGGGCCCGCGAUAGUUGAGAUGAGGAGGACCGUUGAUCGGAUGAGUAAUUGUGAGGACAUCUUGAUGAAUUUUGUGGUGGCUGAUGAGACUAACGUGGGGCCCGUUUUGGUGGGGGCGAAGUGGGCCAGGGAUUACGGGGAUGCGAGGAAUGACGUUGAUGUUGAUCAACGGUUGGGAUUGAAAGAUGAGGGAGUGAAGGAAGUGGGGUUGAGUAGUAGGAGAGGGGAGCAUAGGAAGAGGAGAGGGAAGUGUAUAAUGGAGUUUCAUAGAGCGAUGGGAAGAAUGCCUUUGAGAUACGGUUAUGGGAAGGUAGUUAAUUCAGUUGGUGAACAAGCUUUGUGUGAGAAAGGAGGACAUUUGGUCUUUUGUGAUAAAUCAUAGGAGAGUUUUUUUUUUUUUUUUUUCUUUACAUGUUAGAAUUGCUCAUUCAAGAUCAUCACUUGAGAAUUAGUAAUUACUCAUUGUAAACGUUUUAACUCAAAGAUAAAUGAUUGUCCACUUACUAACU